AUGUGCCACUUCGACAACACUCAUAUUACCGCCCUCACUGACCUUAUCAACAAAGCUACUCAGGAUGUCAUUGCUGAAUACUCUGCGGUUGGACAAGCCGUUCCAUCUCUCGAUACCCUUCAGCCGGGUCCAUUCCAGGUACCAGAGGAAACGCCUACCCGAUUGAUCAGGGCCAUACAAAUCAUUGAAGCGGCCUGUGCACAACUUAGCUUCACAAUUGCUCCUCCAGGCUCUGUUAUGGUCAAUAAAUCAUUGGAGCAUGAAGAACCUGCUUGCUUGCUCGUUGUAACUGAAGCUCGAAUCGCGGACCUUUUGCUCGGCAUACCUGAAGGUUUACAUACCAGCAUCAGACAUUGCUUCAAAGAGAUCAAACCCGGGGUUUUCGCGAAUAAUCGGUUGAGCAUGAAACUUCUCUCGUCCGAUACCGUUUCGUCGAUUGUGUGUCUACUGACGGAUGAAAGUCUGCGGGCAUCCGCAUACCUCAACGAUACCUUAACUGAUCCUUCUGAGAUGGAUGGUGGGAUCCCGUUUAGACGCGCUACCGGGUAUCCGUUCUUUGAUUUUCAUAAAACACGGCAGGGGCUCAAAAAAGGCGAGCGCUUCCCAAGGGCUAUGGUUGGCUGGGGAGAUGUAACUGGAAAAGGUUUCCUAGCUAAAGUUUAUCCAUGGACAUCCCUGCCCGCGGACACCACAGUUUGCGAUAUCGGUGGAGGCAAUGGACAUGUUACCAUGAGUCUCAUGAAGGCACAUCCACAUAUCAAGUUAGUUCUUCAAGACCAACCGCAAGUUAUCGAGAUGGCGCGGAAGUUCUGGGCUAAAGAGUACCCUAAAGCGAUUGAGAAUCAGAGGGUCGAAUUUGUUCCAUUUGACUUCUUCAAGGACGCUGCCGUGCAAGGAUGCGAUUUCUACUAUAUUCGCUCGAUCCUACGGGACUGGCCUGACGCCGAAAGCGAGAUCAUCCUCAAGAAUGUGCGGAAGGCCAUGAAGCCAAGUAGUAGGGUUAUCAUUCACGACACCGUUCUCCGCAACGCUGUCCACACUCACGAAACCUCAUCGAAUGAGGGCACUGUCCAGCUCGAUAUCGCGCCCGAACCGCUCCUACCGAAUUAUGGUGUCGCCCGUGUCAGAACGUAUGAACUUGAUAUGACAAUGAUGAAUCUAUUGAAUGCUCAAGCGCGGACACUUCCCGAGUUCAUCGAACUAGGUAAAAACUGCGGGCUUAAGUUCGAAAAUUUAUAUGGGGCUGGAGAGGUAGAUCUGGUCGAGUUCAGUCCAAUCUGA